GUUUCCGGGUUGAGCCCGGGAGGUGGGAGGAGGCGGCGUUUCCGGCCGCGGUCGCUGUCCUGGGAGGCUGAGGCGAGAGGGAGCUGUCCGGGUGGGGAGCCCGCACUACCUUCUUCCUUUUCCUCCUCCUCCGGGUGAGGGGAGCGAAGGCUGGGGCCCCGACCCCAUGGACCGGGAGGAGGCGGAGGCCGCCGAGAGUCGGGGCCCCGCUGUGUGGCCCUGAGCCCCGUGAACUGGUUCCGCCUGUCUGGAAGGCCAUGGAGAAGAGGCUGGGAGUCAAGCCAAGCCCUGCUUCCUGGAUUUUUUUUGGAUCUUGUUGGCAGAUAUCCACGAAAUGGUUGAGAAGCCUGUACCUGUUUUAUACUUGCUUCUGCUUCAGUGCUCUGUGGUUGUCAACAGAUGCCAGUGAGAGCAGGUGCCAGCAGGCGAAGACAGAAUUUGGAGUUGGCCUGAGAUCUGGGGGAGAAAAUCACCUCCAGCUUCUUGAAGGAACCCCCUCUCUCCAGUUGUGUUGGGCUGCCUGCUGCCAAGACCCUGCCUGCCAUGCCUUUUGGUGGUUAGAAGGGAUGUGUAUUCAGGCCGACUGCAGCAGGCCCCAGAGCUGCCGCACUUUUAGGACAGACUCUUCCAAUUCCAUGCUGGUGUUUUUAAAAAAAUUCCAAACUGCAGAUGAUUUGGGCUUUCCACCUGAAGAUGAUUUACCACAUAUUCUGGGGCUAGGUUGGAGUAGGACAUCUUGGAGGAGACAGAGUCCACCCAGAGCUCCACUCAGACCCACUGUAUCUUCCAGUGACCAUCAGAGCUUAACUAGGAAGCUUUGGAAGAGAGACAGUCCCAGCGAAGAAGUAACUACACAUAUAGUGACACAGCGUUCUGAAAUGAAUGACUCCAAGGAAGUAGGUUAUCUGAACACCAGUGGUUCUGCAGAGGUCCACAAGGCAGUCAUAAUUUCCAGUCCCUUAACCCCCGUCCUGACUGCGGAGAUUCCUGGUUGGUCAAAGAAUGGGUCGGUCCAGCCUGAGACAUCAGAGGAUCCUGGUACUACGCCUAGUGCUCAGCAAGUAAAAAGCCUUGGGAAAAUCCAGAUUUCUACCCCUCUGCCAGUGUCUCCAUCCUACAGUUAUGCUACCCCUAACCCUCAGGCCUCUUUCCAGAGCACCUCAGCACCAUACCCAGUUAUAAGGGAACUGGUGGUAUCUGCUGGAAAGAGUGUCCAGAUUACCCUGCCUAAGAAUGAAGUUCAGUUAAAUGCGUAUGUUCUCCAAGAACCACUUAAAGGAGAGACCUACACCUACGACUGGCAGCUGACGACUCACCCGCAAGACUACAGCGGAGAGAUGGAAGGGAAGCACUCCCAGAUCCUCAAACUGUCCAAGCUUACUCCAGGCUUGUAUGAAUUCAAAGUGAUUGUAGAUGGUCAAAACGCCCAUGGGGAAGGCUAUGUGAACGUGACGGUAAAACCAGAGCCCCGGAAGAAUCGGCCUCCAGUUGCCAUCGUGUCACCACAGUUCCAGGAGAUCUCUCUGCCAACCACUUCUACAGUCAUUGAUGGCAGCCAAAGCACUGAUGAUGAUAAAAUCGUCCAAUACCAUUGGGAGGAACUUAAGGGACCUCUGAGAGAAGAGAAGAUUUCUGAAGACACGGCCAUAUUAAAACUAAGUAAGCUCGUCCCUGGGAACUACACUUUCAGCUUGACUGUCGUAGACUCUGACGGAGCCACCAGCUCUACCACUGCGAGCCUGACCGUGAACAAAGCGGUGGAUUAUCCCCCUGUGGCCAACGCGGGCCCCAACCAAGUGAUCACCCUGCCCCAAAACUCCAUCACCCUCUUUGGGAACCAGAGCACUGACGACCAUGGCAUCACCAGCUAUGAGUGGUCACUCAGCCCCAGCAGCAAGGGGAAGGUGGUGGAGAUGCAGGGUGUUAGAACCCCAACCCUGCAGCUCUCUGCCAUGCAAGAAGGAGACUACACGUACCAGCUCACAGUGACCGACACCAUAGGACAGCAGGCCACUGCCCAAGUGACGGUUAUUGUGCAGCCCGAAAACAACAAGCCUCCACAGGCAGAUGCAGGCCCAGAUAAAGAGCUGACCCUUCCCGUGGACAGCACAACCCUGGAUGGCAGCAAAAGCUCUGAUGAUCAGAAAAUUAUCUCCUAUCUCUGGGAGAAAACACAGGGACCCGAUGGCGUGCAGCUCGAGAAUGCUAACAGCAGUGUCGCCACCGUGACAGGGCUACAAGUAGGAACCUACGUGUUCACCUUGACUGUCAAAGAUGAGAGGAACCUGCAAAGCCAGAGUUCUGUGAAUGUCAUUGUCAAAGAAGAAAUGAACAAACCACCUAUAGCCAAGAUAACUGGGAAUGUGGUGAUUACCUUGCCCACGGACACAGCAGAGCUGGACGGCUCCAAGUCCUCAGAUGACAAGGGAAUCGUCAGCUACCUCUGGACCCGAGAUGAGGGGAGCCCAGCAGCAGGGGAGGUGCUAAAUCACUCUGACCACCACCCGAUCCUCUUUCUUUCCAACCUGGUCGAGGGCACCUACACAUUUCACCUGCACGUGACUGAUGCGAAGGGGGAGAGUGACAUGGAUCGGACCACCGUGGAGGUGAAGCCUGAUCCCAGGAAAAACAACCUGGUGGAGAUCAUCUUGGAUGUCAACGUGAGUCAGCUAACUGAGAGGCUGAAGGGGAUGUUCAUCCGCCAGAUCGGGGUCCUCCUGGGGGUGCUGGAUUCCGACAUCCUUGUGCAAAAGAUUCAGCCGUACACGGAGCAGAGCACCAAGAUGGUAUUUUUUGUUCAAAACGAGCCUCCCCACCAGAUCUUCAGAGGCCACGAGGUGGCAGCGAUGCUCAGGAGUGAGCUGCGGAAACAAAAGGCAGACUUUCUGAUAUUCAGAGCCCUGGAGAUCAAUACUGUCACGUGCCAGUUGAACUGUUCUGACCAUGGCCACUGUGACUCCUUCACCAAACGCUGUAUCUGCGACCCUUUCUGGAUGGAGAAUUUCAUCAAGGUGCAGCUGAGGGAUGGAGACAGCAACUGUGAGUGGAGCGUGUUGUAUGUUAUCAUUGCUUCCUUCGUCAUUGUUGUCGCCCUGGGAAUCCUGUCCUGGACGGUGAUCUGUUGUUGUAAGAGGCAGAAAGGAAAACCCAAGAGGAAAAGCAAGUACAAGAUCCUGGAUGCCACGGAUCAAGAGAGUCUGGAACUGAAGCCAACCUCCCGAGCAGGCAGCAAACAGAGAGGCCCAGUGCCGAGCAGCAGCCUGAUGCGCUCCGAGUCGGAGCUGGACAGCGACGACGCCAUCUUCACGUGGCCAGACCGAGAGAAGGGCAAACUCCUGCGUGGUCAGAAUGGCUCCGUGCCCAACGGGCAGACCCCACUCAAGGCCAGGAGCCCACGGGAGGAGAUCUUGUAGCCCACCUGGUCUGCUUCCUCAGGGUAGGGUCGGGCAGUGCCAGGGUUGGAGCAUUGCCGGGCUGUUUCUCAUGCUUCCCGUGUGUGGGCAGCUGUUCUCCCAGCAUCUGCUGGUCACUCCACCCUAAACCCUCAACCAGAGCUGCUGGUACUUGAAUCCAUUCUCCAGGAACACUGAAUGAAGCUGUGAACGAAGAGGUUCCCUCUUUAAACCCCUCUGGUAGCCCCCCACCCCACCCCAACGUCCUCACCUCAGGGCCUCCUUUUUCACGAACCCCUCCCCUGCUCCAAGGGCCAUCCAGGCAGCUCCCAGCCUCCUCUCCAGCUCCCUGUUGGCAGCAUCGCUGCUCCCAGGGCGCCUGCACAGCAAGGCCUGGCUGUGCCCCCAACACCCGGCUGUAGAACCAGGCACUACCAGCCUCCUGCUCCGAGAGCCUGCCUGCGGGCAUGUUCUUUGUUCUCUUCUCUGGGACACAGUGCACCCUUUCGCGAGGCCCGGAGGAAGUGGCGCCCCCUGUCCUCACCACUGAUGUGGGUGUCUGGCCCGAGAUGACGGGAGGACGGGCUGUUUCAGGAAUGGAGAGGGGCCCCUCUGGCUGCUGGGCUGGGCUGUCCUGUCCGACGGCUGGGCGGGCCACAGACGUUUCCCUUCCUCCUGACCGGCCACUUCAAGGCUCAGGCCCCACACCCUGCGCCUGCAGGAGACAGUCACACACUGACUGAAAGGUGACGGCAUGAGCGCAUGUGUGUGACCGCCCCGCUGCGGUCCUCUAUGUCCAGCUACGUCUUCUCCGUGUGUCCCUUGCAUGUGUGUGUCAGAACGUGCGCGCAUCAACUCCUCAUAGGGCUCUCGGCUACUUGCAAGGCAACCUUGACUUGGACAGACUUCUGAGCUCCUUGGAACAGAGACUUUCUGAAUCCCUCUGGCCCUGUCACCGGUUCCUCAGCCCUGUUCUCUGAGUGCCGAGGAACAGGAGCUUUGGGGGAGUGACUUUUUGGAAAGAAACUUAGUUUACACUACUGCACUACUGUCUGUUGUGAGAUGAUUAAACAUGCUAUUUAAUUGUA